GGCUCCUUCGGUUGCUAAGGUAAGCCGGUGACCGGAUACACUACACGAGCUGUUGUUAUACACUUUAUCCCAAACGCCACCUGAACUUUGACUCCUAAGUAGACCUACGAAUUAUAUACCAUGACACAGUCAAAAGACAAAAACGAAUAAUGGAUGCUCUUACUUUUAGUUUGUUGUUUUAAAAAUAAUACUGAAUGUUUCCAACCAAAUUGUGCGGUUGCUAACACCGUUGAUACGCAGUAUCCAAUAAGAGUUUCUGAUAGAGCGGUGUCUCGAGUCUACAGCAGGAGUGGCUAGACAGAGACGAGAGAGAAAUAAAUAAAUACUAUCCAAGUUAGACCCGUUUGUUUUGGGGUUUGGUUAAAACAGUCGAUGUAAUGAUUUAGCGUCCUGCAUCAAUUGCUUUGAAGAACUGAUCAAAUGCGAGAGGCAGCAGAGCCGCUGUGAUUUGUCUACCACUAGGAACUGAACUUUGACCAGAAAGGUUUUAUUAUUAUACUACUUUACACCUGGAUUAUUAUUAUUAUUAUUAUUAUUAUUAUUAUUAUUAUUAUUAUUAUUAUUAUUAUUAUUAUUAUUAUUAUAUUUUUAAACAGAACUUUAUUAAAGGAAUAAAAGAAUACCGUAUUAAAGGAAGAUAAGAGAGGAGUGGGGAUUGAAAAUCCCUAAAUUGUUUAGCUCAUUUAAAAUUUUAAAUCUAUUACAUUAAAAUCCACAAACAGGAUGGCAGCAGCCAGCACAACUAAAACAUCCUGGAAACUACAGGAGAUUGUCGCACAUACCAGCAAUGUGUCCUCAUUGGUUUUGGGGAAGACCUCUGGGCGCCUGCUGGCUACAGGUGGUGAGGACUGUCGAGUAAACAUCUGGGCCGUCAAUAAACCAAACUGCAUCAUGAGCCUGACCGGCCACAAUAACCCAGUAGAGUGCAUCCAGUUCAGUAGCACAGAGGAGCAGGUUGUGGCUGGCUCACAGUCGGGAUCAUUACGAGUCUGGGACCUAGAAGCAGCUAAAAUUCUCCGGACCUUAACGGGACACAAAGCCAACAUCUGCAGCCUGGAUUUCCAUCCCUACGGGGAGUAUGUGGCCUCUGGCUCCAUGGACACAAAUAUCAAGUUAUGGGAUAUCAGAAGAAAAGGAUGUGUGUUUAGGUAUAAGGGCCACACACAGGCUGUGCGGUGUCUCUGCUUUAGUCCGGAUGGGAAGUGGCUGGCCUCAGCAAGUGACGACAGCACAAUAAAGCUGUGGAACUUGACGGCUGGGAAGAUGAUUACUGAAUUUACAGCACACACAGCCGCUGUGAACGUUGUGGCGUUUCAUCCAAACGAGUAUCUCCUGGCGUCGGGGAGCUCAGACAGGACAAUAAAACUUUGGGAUCUGGAGAAGUUUCAGAUGAUCGGCUCCUCGGAAGGGGAGACAAGCCCAGUUAGCAUUGCAUUCAACCCGGAUGGGUGCUGCCUCUACAGUGGCUCCCAGGAUUCGUUGAGAGUGUAUGGCUGGGAGCCAGACCGCUGUUUCGAUGUGGUGCCAGUGACCUGGGGCAAGGUGGCCGACCUUGCCAUCUGUAACAACCAGCUGAUUGGAGUCUCAUCAAGCUUGACUAAUGUCUCCUCCUAUGUGGUGGACCUAAAUCGGGUGAAGAAAUCUGGUUCAGUUAUUCAGGGCUUUAUCCAGGAUGACAAGCCGCUUGCUGCACCACCAGUGAAGGGAACCAGCAUCCGUCGCAACUAUGAGCGCCCGCUUACCACCUGCAACACACACCAGAGGGUGAAGCAGAACUCGGAGAGUGAUCGUCAGAGCCCCGAAGGCGAGAGACGCAGCCCCAGUAGUGAGGAGGACCGGGAUGACAAGGAGUCCACUGCAGAGAUCCGCAACCCAGAAGACUACAAAGAGAUCUUCCAGCCCAGCAGUGCUAUCUCUCGAACCCCCCCGAAGAGAAGUGAGCCUUUCCCUGCCCCUCCGGAGGAUGACAUUUUCCCAGUGAAGCCCAGCGCUGCUUUGGAAAUGAUGACCCCAUUACCAGAAAGACUCAAGCCUGAGCAGUUAAAGAUGGCUCCCAUGGCCUCAUCUACUCCAGUGAAUAGGGUGGAACCUACUAUUGUCCCACCUACCAACCGGCCGUUGCCAGGGGCUAACCCCGCCCCCAGCAAAGCAAAACCACCUGUAAUUCUUGCCUCCCGGAAUGAGCCAAUUGGAUUGAAGGCAUCUGACUUUCUCCCGCCAGCAAAGAAUAACAAUCAGCCUGCCCUGAAUGACGACGAUGCCCUGUCCCAGAUUAGGAAGGGCCACGACACCAUGUGUGUGGUGCUCACCAGCCGGCAGAAAAACCUUGACACCGUGAGAGCAGUCUGGAGCAGUGGGGACAUCAAGACCUCUCUGGAUUCAGCAGUGACCAUCAAUGAUCUGUCGAUUAUAGUGGACAUUCUGAAUAUCCUCAACCUCAAACCAUCUUUGUGGAAGUUGGAUCUGUGCACCUCCAUCCUUCCCCAAAUUGAAAAACUGCUGCAGAGCAAGUAUGAAAGCUAUGUUCAGACGGGCUGCACCUCCUUAAAACUCAUCCUCCAGCGCUUUCUGCCUUUGAUAGCAGAUAAUCUCACAGCACUCCCUUCAGUUGGAGUCGAUAUCACACGAGAGGAAAGACAUCAGAAAUGCAAAGCAUGUUACAAGCAGCUGAGGAACCUGAGAAAUGUUGUGAAGAGCAAGGCUGGUCUGGUGGGACGACAUGGCAGUGCCUUCAGAGAGCUCCAGCUACUAAUGGCUACACUGGACUGACCACAUCUUGUUUUGGGACUGUGAGGUUCCUCCUCCUUCAUAUGGUGGCCUGUGACUUUUUUCAAUGGCACGGAUUGCUCAACAUGGGUUUAAGAAACCAGUACAGGGUCUUUAAGUGAUGACACCACCGUUACUCUUUUGGCAAUUCUGUUUCAUUUUUUGGUUUUGAAAGGGAUGCCAUCGUUUUAUAUCCCAAGACAACACCCCUACUUACACUCAUCUGAGUGAUUUUUGAGAAAACAGUCUGCUUCUGCGCAACCCUAGCCCCAGAUUUUCCGGUGGAAAUUGGGAGGCACACUACAAAAUAUAUAUUAUAAAUGAUGUUCUCUGCUUCUGACAAAGCAGCUUCUUCAGUUGGAUUAAAAUUGUUGUAAAGAGCAAAAAACAAUAAAAAUAUUUUUGCAAAGUAUAA